AGAUAACGGCGACCACUGUAGUUAAAAGCAUGCAAUAAAUGCUAAAAUGAAGAGCAACUUUGCAUCAAAACAAAUCUUAAAACAAGAAAGAGACGUUAUAGCACUCACUACCCGCCACUUUAUUAUUGUCACAGUUACACUUGCUUCUACACUGUGCCGUCCACUUCUAUAGCUAUCACCAAUUACCAUAAUAAUAAUAAUAAUAAUAAUAAUGCUUCAAUUUCAUAAUCAAUUCCACCAAUAAACACAAUUCAACCCUUCCCAAUGAAAUUUCCCCUUUCUAAACCCUUAAAUUGAUAUUCGAAACCGUUACCUUCUCCACAUUUCCCCAUCCAAACACCACAACGAUGGGUUGCAACGCCUCUAAACUUGACCGGCUUCCGGCCGUGUCAUUGUGCCGUGACCGUUGCAAAUUCAUCGACGAAUCACUCCGUCAAAGCUACACCCUCGCCGAUUCACACCUCGCUCACAUGGAUUCGUUAAGAACACUUGGUCCUGCUCUUCUUUGUUUCUUCCAACAAUUUGAAGAUUCAGGCGAAACCAUUCCAUCAAUCUCGAAAUCACCAUCUCCACCACGCUCCCAAUCUUCUUCUAGUUCUGAUUCAGAUGAAGGAAAAUUUGUUCUGCAUUGUGAAUCAGAAUCAGAAGAUUCAGAAAAAGAAUCUCAAUUAUUCACUCAUACUGAUUAUAUCCACCACGACAGCGUAAUUUCCAGUGUUCCUGAUAAUGUGACUUUUAUGACCUACGUGAAACCUAUUUAUGAUUCCUAUUCUCCGACGUCGAAUGCCGGAGUUUUUUCCGGUUUUAAACCGCCGUCUCCGCCUCCUCCGAGUAAUUCUGCUUGGGAUUUCUUGAACUUUUUCGAACCGUAUGAGAAAUAUCAAGUACCGUACUGUGACGGUGGGGACGGUUACGCUGACACAAACGUAACGGUUGAGAAUGAAAAAGGAAAGGUUAACGGUCACGUGAUUCCUGAAAAUGUACCGUUUAAAUCUAACGGAGGAGGAGUUAACGUUAGCAAGGUAGAAAAUGGAGAAGUGAAAGAUAAUGAAGCUGAUUUGAAAAAAGAGAGUUUAGUUUUGGAGAAAAAGUUACCGGAGUUAAAAGAAUCUGUGAAAGGUUUUUCUGAAGCGGUGAAAGAGAUUCAGAUUCUAUUUGAGAGAGCAUCGGAUUCGGGGAGUGUGCUUUUGGAAAUGCUGGACGUUGGGAAACUCCGUUACCAUUCAAAAAUUGAACUAAAUCCAGUUUCGUGCAAGAUUAUGCAUGUAUUUACUCCGUCGAAUCCCUUGACGGUCAAAUGUGUGGAAUCCCCGUUUCUUGGACUGCGAACGGGAUCAAAGUGUGAAGGAGUUUACAUGGAGAAGGGAUUGAGUUCCGGGAACCUAAGCUCCACUUUGAGUAAGUUAUGUAUGUGGGAGAAGAAGCUAUAUCAUGAGGUUAAGGCUGAGGAAAAGUUGCGCAUGCUUCACCAGAAGAAGUGUAAACAGUUGAAACGUAUGAAUAAAAAGGAGGCUGAUGUACAAAAAAUUGAUUCUGUUAAAGCUUUCAUCGGCAUUUUAGUUACAAAAAUGAAAAUGUCUAUCCAAGUGGUUGACAAGAUAUCUAAUACUAUUAGUAAGUUGACGGAAGAGGAGCUAUGGCCGCAGAUUAACAGGUUUAUUCUCAUGUUUCUAGGAAUGUGGAAAGAUAUGCAGGAAUGUUACAAACUUCAGUGCCAAGAAAUUGUUAAUAAUGAAACCAAAGCUUUAAGUGUCUCUUCAUUCAACAGAAAGCCUUGCAGUGCUAAUAUUGCUGCAGCAAUAGAACUCAAAUCCGAGUUACAGAAAUGGAGUUUAAGCUUCUUAGAUUGGAUACAAGCUCAAAAAUCCCAAGUGAAAGGCCUGAAUGAUUGGCUAGUAAGAUGUCUAAUGUAUGAACCUGAAGAAAUAUCUGACGAUUCAACUCCGGUUGGUGCACCACCAGUGUUUGUGAUCUGUAACAAGUGGUCAAGGGCAGUGGAUAAUAUCUCAGAGAUGAAUGUUAUUGAAGCUGUAAAUGGAUUUACACUCAGAGUAAAUGAACUAUUGGAAAAACAUAUUUUAGAGCUUCAGAAGAAUUCAACAUUGGACAAUGAAUUAGAGAAAAAAGUUAAAAAUUUGGAGAGGCAGGAGCAAAAGAUGCACAAAAUGAUGAAGGCUCGAGAGAGAAAGAUGGAUCCAAGUGCAAAAAAUUUGAGAGAAGGGGUAGCUGUGCACAAUGAUGAUGUUAAAGUUGAUUCUAUUACCCUACAAUCAGAUCUGAAACAUAUCUUUCUUGCAAUGGAGAAAUUCAGUGCCACUACUGCUAGUUUAUAUGAAGAACUUAGCCAACAAAUUAAGCAAGAUGAUCCUGUUUUAGGAGAAUUCAACAAACAUAAUUAGUUUUACAGUGAUGUCAAUAUUAUUAUUUUUUGGAAAUAAAUUAUAAUGGGAAGCAUUUUUAGUGUUAUGAUUAUGAUAAAUUGUACA